AUCAUUUGUUUGUUUUCAUAUAAUCGCGACUGCCAUAGAUUAGUUGAUAAAUAAAAGUGGCAAAAAGUAUUAUCCGAAGUCGUAAAAAAGACAAAUGUUAUUGCUAACUGCAAAUGAAUUGUUAAUGUAGCUACUGGGUAACGUUUGCAGUGAAGAUUGUGUUGGGCAACAGGGCGAAUAAAUGUAACAGACGUACGAGUCCUAAACACUAAUUACUUUGAUAAGUGAGACAAAGAACAACGAAACUAACUGUUGGAGAACAAUGGCAUUCAGGAAGAGAAGCGGAGCAACGGAUCGACAAGUACUUGUUGAAAACGAACAGGUACCAUAUCGGGGGAGUGCAAUUGACAACAACUUUGGUGGCUCAGCAGAUCCUAACAGAAUUAGCGCAAAUGCUGAAUCAAGCGAUGAGGAUGAAAUAAAAUGCAUGCCAGCAAUUUUGCCAACAAUGGAUAACGAAUUGGAUCCAGAACAAAUACGUAGUCGCGGACAGAUAUUGAUGACUGAUGCGCCACCUGAUCGCUAUAACUAUACUUAUGCCGUUUUCUAUUUGCUGGGCAUUGCCACCAUGACACCGUGGAACUUCUUCGUAACAGCAGAGGAUUACUGGAUGUUUAAAUUCCGAAACACGACCAUCAACGAAACCUCCGAUUUUGUGCCAGAACUGACACCAAUGCAAAAAAGCUUUACCUGUGAUCUAACGCUCGCGGCAUCUAUAUCGGGCACAACAUUUCUCAUACUUAACGCCAUUUAUGGGCAUCUCGUUUCACUAAAGGUGAAAAUGUUAGCAACACUUUUCACUAUUUUAGGCAUUUUCAUAAUAACCACGAGCUUCGUUGAAAUCAACACCGACCACUGGCAGGAACAGUUUUUCUUAAUCACAUUGUUUACGGUCGUAAUCAUUAACAUAUGUUCGGCCACAAUGUCUGGCGGUAUAUUCGGCGUGGCUGGUCUCUUCCCAUCACAUUAUAUGACUGCUUUGGUCAGUGGUCAAGCCUUGGGCGGUAUACUGUCAGCGCUCGCUUUCAUUUUAGUGCUCGCUUUUGGCUCUGCGCCCGAUGUUACUGCUUUGAUAUAUUUCAUCAUUGGUAGUGCUUUGGUUUUUCUAUCCAUAAUCUGCUAUAUAAUCAUGUCACAUCAGCCAUUUUUUAAGUAUUACGUCGAGGGAGGCGAUAAAUACAAGAUUUUGGCCGACACACCCUCACAUAGUCGUAGUGUUGACACUGGCGUGGAUUUAGAUCCGAAUGUAAAGGAGGUCUUUGGAAAAAUUUACGUUGAAGCCGUCAACAUAUGUCUACUUUUUGCGACCACACUCUCCGUAUAUCCAUCGGUCACGGAGCUAAUGCAGUCGGAAAAUUACGGCAAAGGACACGCAUGGAAUGAUACCUACUACAUGCCAGUGGUAAAUUAUCUAUUCUUCAACUCCGGUGACUACUUUGGACGUAUACUGGCCGGUUUGUGGGAGCGACCACGCAAUAAUCCACACACGGUGCUUUUAAUGACUUUUAUACGUCUGCUGUACGUUCCGUUCUUUCUCUGUGCGAAUAGUAAUGCACACAAUUUCUUGCCCGUGCUGGUGCAUACCGAUACCACAUUUAUCAUAUUGAUGAUUAGCUUUGGUAUAACUAACGGUUAUUUGGCAAAUAUCAGCUUAAUAAUGGCGCCGAGAUCUGUCAUGCGGCACGAAAAAGAAAUGGCUUCAUCCAUAAUGGCAGCAAGUCUGAGUUUAGGCCUGGCAGUUGGCUCAUUACUAAGCAUGGCUUUUGUGCAAAUGCUGUAAUAGCGGGUGUGGAACGCAAUACUUAGUGCCUUGUACAUAGAUAUAUUAUAUUAUAAGGAACAUAUAUUGAGAAAUGCGCGAUUUAGUGUUUAAUAAUGAGAUUAGAUCAGACGAAGGAGUGCCAAAAUUAAAGAUUAUUGUUUUACUCUUUUAUUUUAAA